CUCAUAUAAAACCAUGUUCACUUCAAACAACUAUGAAACCGCUUUCACUUUAGGCUAGACAGACACUGCAGUUCCAAAAUGUCUGUCCGCCAAACAAAAUACAAACAAAUGACGAAAAACAACAUACUCUUCUCCAAGACUUCAACGUCCACACCUUCAUCAUCUUCUUCUUCCCUUGAAGUCGUCGCUACUUCAACAGCGACCGGAGAUGGCAGAUUUCCACCUUCACCCACGUCAUCAAGCUUGUGACCUUCAUCUUCCCAUGUCAAGCCAUCCAAAACAACCCAUCGCUAAACUCGGAUACUUCCUUCCCCAUAUAUCCAUCCAAGAAGAUGAAAGAAAGAAGCAGGUGAGAGGAUGGGUUGAGCACUGUAGCAAGUUUUGAAGGAGGAGAGGUGUUUUGGCGUAAAGUUGAGGAGUGGGUUGGGGAGAUGUGAGAGAAGUGAGAGAAAAGUAUUUUUGGAAAGAUGUAAAAAGGAUGGUAAGAAAAUGAGGUAUUUAUAUGGGGUAGAAAAUGGGGUAAAGUUGAGGAGUGGGUUGGGAAGAUGUGAGAGAGGUGAGAGAAAAGUAUUUUUGGAAAGAGGUAAAAAGGAUGGUAAGAAAAUGGGGUAUUUAUAUGGAGUAUUUUUGGGGUACCCGUAUAGCAUUUUUGUUCCCGCAAAACGACGCAGAGAGAGCCAGAGAAGGAGAUUCGAUCAAAGUAUUUUUGCCCAGUUCAAAUGGGCUUCAGAUAAGAGCUGCUGCAACCUUGCUCAGGAGAUAUAGGCUUCUUAUCAUUCAAUGGCGGAAGGUUCUAGUCUUCAGCAUCAAAUGCAGCAAAAAAUCACCACCAAAACGGCCUGUUCCGCCGCCGCUGUGGAGGAGGUGACAAACAAGGAGCCGAACCUCUACCCGUUCGAGUGUGGCCCUCUUUCUCCCCCAUCUCCCACGCUUUCUGCCGCUUUUGAUGAUCUCAACUUUUCCCCAAAUUCUCCUUCUGCGUCUGAUAAGUCCGAUUCAGCUCCUUUCGACUCCCUAUCUAAUUCCUUCUUUGACGAUGACGAAUACCAAAUGAAUUUCGUCACCGAUUUGUUUGAUCCUGUCGAUUUUCUGGCGUAUAAUGAUAUCGAUAGGGUUUUCGGAGCUGGAUCUGAUGGUGUCAAUAGCACGGACGAUAUGGAGUUGGAGUUGGGGACAGUGUCUGAUUUUGGUCAGCCAGUUACUGCUUUGGAGUCGCAUAGUUCUCCAUCCGUUGCUGGCCUUCGAAUAGUUGGGAUGGAUUCAGAGUCGGAUACGGAAGAUACAGAAAUGAUUUCUGGGGUUAGUUAUCAAAAUGGUGUUAGGGUGAAUUCUGUGAGAUGUAAUAACGACCUAGAUUCGAAUGAAGAAUUUGGUUGGGAAGAAAUAAAUGAAAGGCUUGUGGAGGUGGAUAACAUAAUCUCAUUGAUUGAUCGAAUUGAAGAGAUUUCAGUCUCCUCUGAGAUAUCUUCUUCAGAUGGAGAUAUCUCAUUUUCUGAUGAUGGAGGAGAAGAGGAGGGCGAUAGGAAUGUUGAAUGGCAGGUACUUUUGGCAAGGGGUGUUCUUGAAGAACACAUUGAAUUUGAAAGCGAUAGUAUUGGUGAUGAGAUGUCAUCCUUAGGCAUGAAUGGUAUUUAUGCCUAUGGUACAGACUAUGACCAUGAUUCCCUUCUUGGACAAAUUUUGGAAAUUGGAAGUGUUAUGAAGGGUAGUCCUGCUUCCAAAUCUGUAAUAGAAAGUCUUCCCUGUGUUGUCAUCACAGAUAAAGAUUUGAGUAUAAACAGUGUAUCUUGUGCAGUUUGUAAAGAUGAGAUUUUGAUCGGAGAAAAGGUGAAUAAGCUGCCUUGUUCCCAUUAUUACCAUGGGGGUUGCAUCGUUCCAUGGUUAAGCAUUCGUAACACAUGCCCUGUUUGUCGCUAUGAGCUACCCACGGAUGAUGAUGAUUAUUGGAAGAAUAAAAACGAAGGAGCUUUUGAGGCUGGUUUUGUCAAUGAUUUGGAGGUAUGAGCAUAAUUCUGAACUUUUACAGUGAGAUUUGUAAUAAUCCAUGAAAUUUCUGGACUAAGGGAACUACGUUUUUGCUUAUGCAAUGUAUUUCUUUGUUAUGUAGGAGUAUAAUAUUGUAGUGAUAAAAAUUUUAAUGCAAGCGUUGCAACUCUUUUGUUAUAAUGUAAUGUGGUUUUGCAACCAACCGGGUAUAUAUUCAAUUAUUCAUUACCCA